UGACCUGAAGAUCGUCUGCAAAAUCGGCUGAAAUAAAACACAGGCCGCUAUAAUGAAGGUUUGGUUACCAUGGUUACCGCAGGUAGAGUGAUUUGGGACAAACUCCGUUCUCAUAUCUGCAAUAGACUGUGACCCCCAAAACACGCGCAAACGCAAGACACACAGAGGAAAAGUCCCGGAUGGAACGCACGCGUACACGAUGUUACGCAACUGCGGCGUAUUCACGUGUUACCGUUUUACGCGCCGUGACUCGAGAGAGAAAAAGCGCAGUUGCGUGUUGAUUGGUUUUGGGUUACUUCCUGGUUUCAGAGAGAAGGGGGAAACACAGCAAAGCGCAACAAACCAGCUGUUUAACACCGCUGUGUGUGUGUGUGUGUGUGUGUGUGUGUGUGUGUGUGUGUGUGUGUGUGUGUGUGUGCGCGCGCGCGUGCGUGUGUGUGUGUGUUACAGCUCUAAUUCAGAUCCGGAUAUAGUCGGGUUUUAAGAUCUUUUCUUUCCCUGUGGUGCGCACACGAGCCGCGCCGAUGGUGUGAACACUAUGAAAGUAACCGGUGGUGCCGGGACACCGCACGCUCACACGCGCAUGGCUGAGCCGCGGACGUCCGGUGCCGUGCGGAGCUGGUGCUCGCGCGCCAGGUGCCAGGAGAACGGACCCGAAACGGACCAGGAGAGAGAGCGGCUCUGGACUGAGAUCUUCGACCAGCUCGACACCAAUAAAGACGGACGGGUCGACAUUAACGAGCUCAGGGCGGGGCUGGCGGCCCGGGGGCUUCUGUCACGCACAUCGGCGGAGGAGCAGAUUGUGAGAGAAGGAGACACUAAUCAGGAUGGACAGUUGGACUUUGAGGAGUUCACACAGUACCUGCGCACGCAUGAGAAGCGUCUUCGUCUCAUGUUCAGUAGCCUGGACCGCAAUAACGAUGGUGAGAUUGAUGCUGGAGAGAUCCAGCUCUCGUUACACAAUGUGGGAGUGGAAGUUACCCUAGCUGAGGCAAACAAGAUCCUGCAGAGCAUGGACAAGGACGGCACAAUGACCAUCGACUGGGUGGAGUGGCGUGACCAUUUCCUGUUUAACCCUCUGCACAGUGUGGAAGACAUUGCCCUCUACUGGAAACGCUCUCUGAUCCUGGACAUCGGGGAGCUCCUGACUGUUCCUGAUGAGUUCUCAGAGAAGGAGAAGAAGUCAGGGUUUGUGUGGAGGCAGCUGAUGGCAGGUGCCAUGGCGGGAACCGUCUCCAGGACCGGCACGGCUCCUCUCGACCGACUCAAGGUUUUCAUGCAGGUUCACGGUCAGAGAUUAGAUAAGGGCAGUGUGUGGAAAGGGCUGAAGCUGAUGGUGAAGGAAGGCGGGAUACAAGCUCUGUGGAGAGGAAAUGGGAUCAACGUGCUGAAAAUCGCCCCGGAAACGGCCAUCAAAUUCUACGCUUAUGAACAGAUAAAGCAGCUGAUUCACGGCAGUAAAGAUGGAGGAAGUCUGAAGGUUCAGGAGAGAUUCGUCGCUGGAUCCUUAGCAGGAGCCACGGCACAGACGAUCAUUUACCCCAUGGAGGUGCUGAAGACGCGUCUGACGCUGCGUAUGACAGGACAGUACUCGGGCGCCAUCGACUGCGCUUGGCAGAUCUUGCAGAAGGAGGGCGUGUGGGCGUUUUAUAAAGGCUACAUACCUAACCUACUGGGCAUCAUUCCGUACGCCGGCAUUGACCUGGCUGUAUACGAGACCCUGAAAAACAUAUGGUUACAGAGACAGAGCUCCAGCUCGGUUGAUCCCGGUGUGCACGUUCUGGUUGGAUGUGGCACAGUUUCCAGCACAUGUGGUCAGCUGGCAUCGUAUCCGCUCGCGCUGGUCCGAACCCGCAUGCAGGCACAAGCAACGGUGAAAGGUGGCCCUCAGCUCUCCAUGCUCUCUCUGUUCCGUAGCAUCAUGGCUCAGGAGGGUGUGGUGGGUCUGUACCGCGGCAUCGCACCCAACUUCCUCAAGGUCAUUCCAGCCGUCAGCAUCUCCUACGUGGUGUACGAACACAUGAGGAAAGUACUGGGAGUGGGAAAGUGAGAGAGGGAGACAGAGAGAGACUUCUGAUGAAAUGUCUUGAAGUCAUGGAGAACAGACUGAAUAAGGAAUGAGAAAGCUAGAGAAAAGCUAGUUAAUGCACUCCAUGAUGGAGAGCUGAAUUGACCAAAGAGUGGAUUUGUUCCCAAAGGCAAAGGUUGGAACUCAAGUUUUACAUUAAGACUGAAAAUCAACAGGGCUACAGUCCAGUCGUUUAAAAUAAAGGAAUAAAAUAAGUUUAUAUUACAUUUAAAAAUAUGCAACACCAACAAAAAACAACCAUGUAACAGCUGACAUCAACUGUUUACAAACUGUUAGCAAAACUUUAACCUGUACAACUUUGUGACGAUGUUAUUCUCCAUUUUCUUGCUGUUUAUUUGUGCUGUUGAUCAACAGGGUCCUCACAUUCAGACUCACAGGCUGUCCUCUUCAGGAGGUGAAAUGAACCCUAACGUGUGUUAAUGCUUAGAGUGUGUGUGUUAAUGAGUGAGUGUGUGUGUGUGUGUGGGUGUGUGCACGCACAAGAUAUACAUACCGUGUACCCCAGACUAUAAAACCUGAAGCAUCUGUUUCAUGAUGAUUCAUACACACUAUCUUGCUUUUUUUUUUUGCAAGCAUAAAGGGAAUUUUUGAAUACCUACAGGAAGGUGAACAUCUUCAGAAGGUUUAGAACGCUGACAAUGGAUUAACCGACAGAUUAUAGGUUUACAGUCUGGAAAAUACGGUAUAAAUGAGCAUGUGCUUCAUUAUUAAUACAAGUUGCAUAUAAAUGAGCAUGUGUUAUAUUUUAUAACAUAUAAGAAACCGGAUCUAUUUUCUUAACUGUGGAGUGAAGGAGUGAGAAUGAAACAAUGGAAAAGUGUGUUGUUGUUGUUUGUUUACUUCACCGCCAUACUUACUGCUCGGACAGUUAAAAGCCAGCAGACACAGUUUGCUUGGAUUUGAUUGUAUUAUACUUUAUAAAAAAUAAAACCUACACACAUUUUUCUUUAUGUCCAUGGAUUCAUUGCAGUUCCACGAAAUCACCACUAGGAGGAGUGUUUAUUGCUGCAUUACGGGCUGUGUGCAAAUCCUGCUAUGACGAUAGAGAGUCAUCUAGCGGUGAUCUGGUGGAACUGCAUCGGGUCAAGGCUAAUGGAUAAUCAAAUUAAUAAUAUGGAAUUAGUUUAAUUUAACCAAAGGUUAAAAGUGUGUGAUUUCUGUUGUAUGAGUUCUGCUUCCUAUAUUUGAUUAUUGUAUGCUAGAUUACAAUAAAUUAAUGUCUCUGUUUUAUUUUAGAGGAUCACGGUGACUCUGUGGGUCCUUAUCAGUUUUAGCAGUUUUAUUUUAAUAUAUCCAAGUGUUACAUGGACGUAUUUGUCACAAACCCUAAUUGGCAGGUGUUAAAGUGGGACAUUUGUGUCUUAUAUUGUAGAUUUGGUUUGUCUUAACAGCAAAUUAAGUCUUAAACGACACUUUCAGUCAAAUUAAACCCGAUUGUUGGGAUUUAAACUCAUAACCAAGCAGUUAAAAGUCCAGAUGUUUUGAUGGAUCAAGUUGUUUUUAGCUCUUGAGACCUAAACCAAAGCUGUUAGAUCAAACUGUCGAGAUGAUGAGUUUUGGACUGUUUAUAAGUAUCACGCUCCUGAAUGCUGUCAUUUUGUUAGCCAUCACUGCUACAAGUGUGUGUGAUUUGGGACCCGGUGCAGGUCUGAUUACAGCUGCGAUCAUGAGCUCUGUCUCAGAAGACAUGAACAUCACACCGAUAAGCGUAAAAGAGAUCAGUGACGCUUUCAGAGACGAGCAAAGUUUCUGUGAAACAACUAAACGGAAUGUUUACAGCAGCCCCAUGUAAAAUUAUUAAUAGUUUUUAAGGAAACCUACAAAAAAAUGAAAAAUUCUUCUCAGACAUCAUGGCUGAUCGUAUAAUAGCGUCAUCAAACAGAGCGGCUCAACUUUUAGAAACAAACAAAAAAGUUUCUUAGCUUCCUAUAAACGUUUAAACCUCAUAAUGGGAGAGUUCUCAGCUGUUUGGUUCUUUUUUCUUUUUCUUUUUUUUUCUUUGUUUUUAAUGAUACUGGCUUCCUAAAGAGGUUCUAUCGGUACCAUUGCUGAAAGGGAAACCAAAUGAAAACAGGCUUCUUCAAGUGUUCUUUAAAUAACGAAGAGUUCUGCUGGAAACCCUGUAUGAUAGAGACGCACGAAGGCUUCUGCACUGGGCUUGGGUUUGACUUUUGGAUUCUGGAGGAACCUUUAAAAGUUCUUUGUGGAACCUUGGUCCUGCUUGGUCCUGCAAAUCCUUUGAUGAAACAGCACAAUUUUACUGAUGAAACAAGCUGCAGCGACGUGAUGGUUUUGUUUGCUCUGGCUGAACGUUUUGGCUGAAUCAUGGUGACACUUUGUAGUUUAUAUAAAGUUUGGAAUGGAAGUAAUAUUUCCAGGAUGUUUUGUAGUCGGACACGUGUUUAAGACUUUGUCAUUUAUUAAAGUUAUAUUAUAUGAUAUGA